CCGCAUUUCCACCUCGGGGGUGGUGGUGGAAUGUGACCGCGUUACGGCUGUGCGUAAUUGGCCAACCCCAACCACUGUGAAGGAGGUGCAGCGAUUCUUGGGGUUCGCUAAUUAUUAUCGGAGGUUUAUCCGGGGUCUUGGCCAGGUGGCGGCUCCCAUUACCUCACUGAUGAAGGGGGGUCCGGUGCGGCUACGAUGGUCAGCAGAGGCGGACAGAGCCUUCCAUCGUCUGAAGGUGCUGUUUACCAACGCUCCUGUCCUGGCGACAUUGGCUUGAGGGGGCACGUCACCCUUUUCUCAUCUGGACCGACCACCGUAACCUGGAGUAUAUCCAGGCAGCGAGGAGGCUUAAUCCCCGUCAGGCAAGGUGGGCCAUGUUCUUUACGAGGUUUCACUUUACCCUCUCGUACAUGCCACGUUCCCGGAACCGGAAGGCUGACGCACUGUCGCGUCUCUACGACACAGAGGAGCGGACCAUCGAUCCUACUCCCAUACUUCCCGCCUCCUGUCUGGUGGCACCGGUGGUAUGGGAGGUGGAUGCGGACAUCGAGCGGGCGGGUCGGUUAGAACCCACUCCACCUCAGUGUCCCGUGGGCCUGAAAUACGUUCCGCUUGGUGUGCGCGGUCGCCUGAUCCGAUGGUCCCACACUCUACCCUCCUCGGGUCAUCCUGUGGUGGAACGGACAGUGCGGGACCUGAAGGGGAGGUACUGGUGGCCCACCUUGGUUGAGGAUGUUCGCCGUUAUGUCUCUUCCUGUUCGGUAUGCGCCCAGUGCAAGGCUCCUAGACACCUGCCUCGAGGGAAAUUACAGCCCCUCCCCGUUCCACAAUGGCCUUGGUCUCACCUCUCGGUGGAUUUCCUCACGGAUCUCCCGCCGUCCCAGGGGAACACUGCGAUCCUGGUCGUUGUGGAUCGGUUCUCUAAGUCCUGCCGUCUGCUCCCUUUGCCCGGUCUUCCUACGGCCCUGCAGACCGCGGAGGCCCUGUUCACCCAUGUCUUCCGGCACUAUGGGGUGCCCGAGGACAUCGUAUCUGAUCGGGGUCCCCAGUUCACGUCCAGGGUGUGGAGAUCGUUUAUGGAGAGGCUGGGGGUCUCGGUCAGCCUGACCUCGGGUUUCCACCCCGAGAGUAAUGGGCAGGUAGAGCGCAUUAACCAGGAUGUGGGCAGGUUCCUGCGGUCGUAUUGCCGGGACCGGCCAGGGGAGUGGGCGCAGUUUGUACCAUGGGCCGAGAUGGCCCAGAACUCUCAGCGCCACUCCUCUACUAACCUGUCACCCUUCCAGGUUGUAUUGGGGUAUCAGCCGGUCCUGGUGCCAUGGCAACAGAGCCGGAUGGAGGCAUGGGUGAAGCGCUCUCAGGAGACCUGGAAUGCGGUCCAGGAGUGUCUAAGGAGGGCUGGUGAACGACACAAAGAGAGCACUGACCGCCACCGCAGUGAAGCCCCCGUGUUUAACCCGGGGGACAGAGUGUGGCUCUCGACCCUCCGCCUGCCCCUCCGCCUGCCCUGCCGGAAGCUGGGUCCGCGGUUUGUGGGGCCGUUCAAAGUCCUGAGGAGGAUAAACGAGGUGUGUUACAGGUUACAACUCCCUUCAUAUUACCGCAUUAACCCCUCGUUUCAUGUGUCUCUCCUCAGGCCGGUGGUAGCUGGUCCGCUACAGGACGAUGAGGUGCUGGAGGUCCCCCCGCCCCCCCUGGACAUCGGGGGGGCCCCGGCGUACACAGUCCGAGCCAUCCUGGACUCCCGACGUCGGGUAGGGUGCCUGCAGUACCUCGUUGGACUGGGAGGGGUACGGUCCGGAGGAGAGGUGCUGGGUUCCGGCAGUGGACGUUCUGGAUCCACCUAUGCUGCAGGAAUUCCACCGUCGCCGUCCGGAUCGGCCGGCGCCUUGCCCUCCGGGCCGUCCCCGAGGCCGGCGUCAGGGGAGGGCUACUGUCACAGUAUCCAACGAAGGUGGCGCCCCUCCUCGGUCGGGCGGCGCUCGGCAGUCAUCGUCGCCGGCCUAUUAGCUACCACCGAUCUAUGUUUCUGUGUCUUUUGGUUUUGUCUGUUUAUCCCGCACCUGUUUCGUGUCUGUCAUUAGUGGGGGGUUAUUUAGUGUGUAUUUUCAGUUUGGGUUCUCAUGCGGGAUUGUUUAUUGUCCACUCAGGACAGUUGUGUGUGUGGCCUGUUUCGCUGGCCUGCGUAAGCUUUAUUGCCGGGCUCCGGCUUUUUCCCUCGUGUUUAUUUUGGGAAUGUGUUUUCCCUGGCAGACUUUAUUGAGCGCCCUGUGCCUUUCGGCUAUUGUGUUUUGCCCGUUGCAUUAAAACUCUGUUGCUCCGGCCUUCUGUCUCCUGCGCCUGAUUCCGCAUCUCCACUGGUCCUAGAAUUCCGUGACACUUAUUUCCCUCAUUAAAAUGCAAAUCAAUUUAUAACAUUUUUGACAUGCGUUUUUCUGGAUUUUUUGUUGUUAUUCUGUCUCUCACUGUUCAAUUAAACCUACCAUUAAAAUUAUAGACUGGUCAUUUCUUUGUCAGUGGGCAAACGUACAAAAUCAGCAGGGGAUCAAAUACUUUUUUCCCUCACUGUAGUUUUAGCAUUGUAGCUGCCAAUGGAAAUGGCCAAUGCUAAAACAGACUGAGAUCGAGGCUUGGCAACUGUAUUUUUCAUAUUUGCUUGAAUGCAAAAGGUGUAAAUUUAUACAACCAAUGUUAAACAUGUAUUUUUUCCCCUGGAAGAAUGGCACUCACCAAAACAAUUUCUAUCCUAAAAUAAUAUAUUAGCUUUUUAUUUAACGGUAUUGGUUUGUUAAGAUAUUUUAUCAGUUUGCAUUUUAUUUGUGUUCAAACUGUUGUGGUUUGUUUUCGUGUUGACCCAUAGAUAAAACAAGUUAGAUGUGAAAAAAAAUAUUGGUGACUGUUUUUCUAAAUUCUUUGCUUGACCGCAGCAUCUUUGCAGGAUUUUAGUUGAACAUGUACUUUACAAAAUAUAUUAACUUGACAAGUGUCCUUUUGUAUGUGACCUGUACUAUAUGGCUUCAUUUAAUAUUGUGUACAUAUGAUUUACUUUGUUUUAUGUAGUGUUAUAGAUCUAGAUUUUGUACAAAAUGGUCAUCUGUACAGAAUAAAACAUCAAUAGCAAUGACAAGAAGUCAAUGUGGCACAUACAUUCUUUUCCUCUUUCACGUGUAACUUUGCAUUAUUAGAAAUAACAAGUCAUAUUUUUAUCUGUUUUAACUCUUCAAGGUUUGUUCCCUAUUCAAAAUGUCUUUGACCAGAUUUCAGUCCAUAGUCUUUGUGUGCUUUUCUCACAGUUUCAAGUGGUGUACAUCUAUAUUGAAUGAAUAAAGAGAAUAUUUGAACUUAUAUUUUCAACCAUA